GCACCAAGCUAGCUGAAGUACUACUGGAAUACUUCCUCCCCGGUUGUGUUGAAAAUGCCAGAGCAUCUGUCCCGGCAUCUGUUAAGAACUCCCAAGAGGUAGAGGCUGGGAACGGUGGAAGAUGGUGGACAGAUAAUUACGGGGAAGGGGAACUGGAAAGAGGGUUGGUGUGUAGGGGGAAGGGCUAAAAGCUUUCGCUUUCCCGGCGGUUGCUUUCCCUCCUGCUCUGUUCAUGCAUGGGCUGUAAUAACUACUUCUAUACUAGUACCCGCCGCCACCAUAAACUCGCCUCGCGGCAUCUCUUCUUGCUUCUUCUUCUUCUUCUUCUUCUUGCCCCCCUCAUUCCCGCCGUCGCAGAAGCAGCAGCAGCAGCUAAAGGGGCCGGCAGGCGGCGAGCGGCGGUUCGCCGGGAGCUGCGUGCUAGGCUAGCUAGCUCCGGCGAGGAGGGGCCGCGAAGAUCGGUCCUUGGAUGCGGCGUGCUGCUGAUUAUCGGAUAGCGAGGUCCCUGAUCUUGCCACCGAAGAGCCCUGCUGGGCUGGAUCUCCCUGGAGGUUGCGACCAUGAUGCAGUACCUGGACUUCUCCCCUGCCGCCAGCAGCACCUCCAAGAAGUGGCCGCACAAGAGGCAGCCGGGCCAAGGUUUUGAUGCUCCAAGGAACAGCAUGGAGUUCGCCAUGGAUGCGCCGCCCCGCAGCUACGGCGUCUUCCAGGAGGAUGUUCCGUAUACUCGCAACAACAUGAGGCAGUAUCCAAGAGCCUCCUCGGCUCCCGUCAAGAAGCUGAUCCAUGAGGACAUAUCAUCCAUGAGGCCAAACGAAGGGCACAAGAGAGCGCCCAGUGUCAUCGCCAGACUGAUGGGCAUGGACUCGCCUCCGCUGAGCUCAGCCACCGGUCAGCUCAUCGCCGUCGCCCACUCGGAUGAUCGAAGACGGCAAGAGAUGAUCAUCGCGAGGCCGGUGACGAGAAGAGAUCCUGCCGAGAUGAUCUCAACCAAGCAUGUAUCGUUCGUCGAGCACAAGAAUCCUCCUGCCCGGCAGGCAACGAAACACGAGAUCCGCCCCUUCGACGACGACGAUGAGAGCAAGAGGAGCAAUGGUGGUGGUGAUGAUGAUAGAUGGAGCAAACCGGUGCCGCGGGAGCACCCGCAAGAGGAGGAGCUGCAGAAGUUCAAGAAGGAGUUCGAGGCGUGGCAGACGAGCAGGGUGUGGGAGCAAUCCAGGACUCUGGAGCUGGAGACCCGCCAUGGCGCCGUCGUGCUCGACGACAAUGACGAUGAUCGGAGGUGCUCAGAGAUCGUGCCUUACAGGUACCACCACCAGCAGCAGCAGAAGCAGGGUUACAGAGGGAGAGAUACCGGGGGCAAUGACAACGGCGAUGGAGAGGUGCAUUGGAGGAGAAGAAGAAACAAGGAUGGCGGCGCGUCGAUCUCCGGGAGCCGGACAUUCUCCGUGGCGAGCAGCGCGGGCGAUGAUUAUUCUUCGAGGCUUCCUCUGUCGAGGUUCUACCGCGAGGAAGAGGAGGAGCAGAGGUCGUCGCCGACGAGGAUCGUGGUCCUGCGGCCGUGCCCGGAGCUGAGCGCCGACGACGUGUCAGAGUUAUCACUCGUGGGAUCCCCGCAGCUGAUGAAGAAGGAGAACGACAUGGAGGCGUUCCUGGAAGAGGUCAAGACGCGGCUCAAGCUCGAGCUCGAAGGCAGCAACCACAGGGCCUCCGACGCGUGGGCCGGCGACAUGGCCGACCCGAAGCGGAUCGCGAGGAGCAUCGCCAGCCAGAUCAGGGACACCGUGGUCGCCAUGGACGCGCACCACCAGCACCCGGCGCUGGUCCGGUCGGAGUCGACGAGAUCCUACCGGAGCAGCAGCGACGUGCAGAGCCAGGUGGACUACAUCUGCCGAGAUGCCCGGAGGCAGCUCUCGGACCGCCUGAGGAACGUGCUGAGGAGUACUCGGGAGUCUCCGGAGAUCGCCACCCCCGAGCAGCCGCUCUUCUUCCCUCACCGGAGACGGCCGUCCUUGGACGAAGCGCCGCCGCUGAGGAAGCCGAAGCCGAAGCCGAGUCCCCCGAGACGCGAGGCGGCGAGUAGCAGCGGCGGCAAGAAGAAGAUCAAGAGCAAGGAGGAGAAGAAGCGCGCGAUCGAGUCCUCCGACGCGAGGCACGGGCUGCAGCAGCACAGCAGCUACAGGACUAGCUCGGCGGCGGUCGACGACUCGGAGGACGAGGACGCGGCGGCGUUGUCGCCGAGGAACCUGAUGAGGUCCUUCUCGGCGCCGGUGUCAUCGAGGACGAGUAACAACACCUUCGUGAAGCUCCUCUCGGACGAGCCCCGGGUGCUGUUCCCCGGAGCGCGGGUGCAGCGGAAGCACGAGGCUGGACAUGGCAGCAGGCCGCUGCCGGCGUCGGAGGAGGAGGACAGGCCUGUUAAAGCAUUGGGCGGCAUCAAGGGGAGAGUGUCCAGCCUGCGGCAGAACCUCGGGCUGAGAGGGAAGCUCUUCGGCAAGAAGCUUGUCCACUCCUCUGCCGCUGACGAGUCGUCGUCGUCGUCCUUCUUCCCCGACGACCUCCCGCCCAUCGGCACGCUCAUCACCGCGCCUUCCGUCCUCAUCCACCCCGGCGUCCUCCAUGAGAACUCGACGGAGGUGCCGCCGAGCCCGGCGUCGUGGUGCAGCAGCCCGGCGGACGACAUGGUCCGGGGAGGAUACCCGAGCCCCGUCUCGCCAUUGGAGGCCUCCUUCGGCGAGCACCGGUCGCCCUUGAAGCCGCUGCCGCCGGCGACCUCCUCCCCUGCUUCCGAACAAGGCAUUCCAUGGCUGGAGGAAGACGAUCAAACCCAAGAAGUCGCAGAAACAAGCCCAGCGCUCCAUGACGCCGCCAACGAAGAUGACACGGCCGAGAUCGAGAUGGAUCACCACCCUGUAAAGGCUUUCAUCAGGGCCGUCCUCGUCACCGCCGGCAUGUUCGGCGGCCAGAACACGGACCAGAUGUUCUUCUCCAAUUCCCAACCGAAGCCGAUCCCCAAGUGGGUGCUCGACGAAGUCGUCUCCUCGUCAUCGUCGUCCUCACCUCCGGCCGUUCCCGACGUCGUCGUCGACCGCCGCCUGCUCUUCGACCUGGUCAACGAACACUUGCCAGAAGCCACUUCCACCCGCGGAUCCACGACGCUGUACACGUUCAGCAAGUGGUACAUCGCGGCGGCGCCGAGGAGGAGAGGCGGCAAGCGGCUGCUGGACGCGCUCUGGAGAGCCGUGCAGGCGCUGGUGGAGCCGCCGCUGCCGCUGAGACACGACGGCGACGCGUUGCCGACAACGACGACGACGAUGAUGAGCUCCGUGGACGCGCUGAUCGGGCGCGACAUGGGCGCGUCGCCAUGGAGCGGCGGCGCGUUCCGCGGGGACGUGGACGGGGUCGGCGAGGAGGUGGAGGCAGAGAUCCUCGGGGAGCUCCUCGACGAGACGCUCUGGGACGUGCUGCUCAACGUCGGCGAGGACUGAUCGGCCAUUUGGUGUUUGUGCGUUGCGAACUUACUACGAUCGAUCCAGCAUACUUGUACAUUUUGGGGUGUGUUUUUUCAGAGCUUCUUCUUCUUUUUUGAGAGUGCUUUUGCCGGAUUUGUGUUCUGAGUGAGAGAUCAGUCAGUCAGAGAUGUAAUUAAGCUUUGUGUGUGACCGUGUGGAACAGUUUGGAUGGAUGGAAGGAUACCAAAUCAUUCAUCUGCCCUGAGAAAAUGCAUAAAAGGAAGCAGGAAGAGAUUGGAGAAAA